GUAACAGGGUGUCAACAUCAAGUAGUUGUGUUUUCAUGUGGCCACUGCUAGCUAACCCGUCAGCAAUCCUGCAUCCUAUCAACAAUGGCUGAAAUGUCUGCUAUGAAUAGAAAAUUGAUUCAGAAUCUCGCUGAAACUCUUUCUAAACAAGUCAAACACUUUAACAAAACAGAAGCAGAGUGUCUGAUCCGGCUGUUCAAUGGUCUCCUGGGGGAUCAGAGUGACAGGAGGGUAGGGAAUGGCCUGGACAGAGGAAAAUUCAGGAAUAUUCUACACAACACCUUUGGAAUGACUGAUGAUAUGAUUAUGGAUAGAGUAUUUCGUGCGUUCGACAAAGACAACGACAGCUACGUCAGUGUGAAGGAGUGGAUCGAGGGACUAUCAAUCUUUCUCCGUGGAACAUUGGAUGAAAAAAUUAAGUACUGCUUCGAUGUGUAUGACUUGAAUGGAGAUGGGUACAUUUCCCGGGAAGAGAUGUUCCACAUGCUGAAGAACAGCCUGAUCAGACAGCCCACAGAGGAGGACCCAGAUGAGGGCAUCAAAGACCUGGUGGAGAUCACACUCAAGAAGAUGGACCAUGACCACGACAGCAGACUGUCCUAUGCAGACUUUGAAAAGGCAGUGAGAGAUGAGAAUCUAUUGCUUGAAGCUUUUGGAACCUGCCUCCCCGAUGCCAAGAGCAUAUUGGAAUUUGAGCAGCAUGCAUUCCAGGAUACACUUGAGCAUUAAGGACAACACUACUUUAUUCAUUUUCAUGAAACUGCAAAUAUAUAUAAAAACACUUCUUAUACUCUGAUGGGAAAUAUACAAAUAAAACAUGUCG